GGUUUCAGUUCAUUUAUCAUCCCAUCAAAGAGAGAGUAAAGAAGAAAUGUUCUGCCCAGGAGCUUUAUCUGUUUUAUUCUCUUGUAUGGUCCUCCUCAUUGUCCAGUCAAGUCAUGGCUCUGAGAUUAUUGGGGGGAAAGAGGUGGAGCCCCACUCGUUGCCUUUCAUGGCUCUGCUGGAGAGCAAAAUACCAGUCUGUGGAGGGACACUAAUAAGUCCAAAAUGGGUCCUGACUGCUGCCCACUGUGCGGACAUUAAGAAGGUGUACCUGGGGGUGCACUCCAUCAAAGCAAAGGAAAAAGAUUCACGGCAGGUCCGAAAGGUGAAGCGCAGUUUUCCUCAUCCCUGCUAUGAUAAAGCAGAUAAGGUCAAUGACCUCAUGUUGCUCAAGCUUGACAAACCGGUGAAGCAAACCAAGACGGUGAAAUGUCUCGGGUUCGGUAAGACCAUCAGAGAACCAGCAGCGGGCACCAGCUGUCUGGUGGCUGGAUGGGGGAAAACAAACAAUGCUUCCAAGCAAAUGUCAGAUGUCCUGAAGUCUGUCAAUGUGACUGUGAUCGACAGAGUCAAGUGCAACUCUCCUGAAUAUUACGGCCUUAAGCCUGUUAUCACCAGCAGCAUGAUAUGUGCCGGUUCAGACGGUAAAAACAGUGCUGAUACCUGUCAGGGGGAUUCAGGAGGUCCACUGUUGUGCAAUGGAGCACUAGUCGGAGUCACAUCCUUUGGACGGGAGUGUGGCCUGAUUAAAAAGCCUGGAGUGUACGCUUUUCUUUCAGAAAAACAACUCAGCUGGAUCAAAAAUACAAUGAAGACGUCUGAUAUAUAAUUAGCCCUCCCUGUUUAUUAUUCGGUGUUCUUGACCACAUUAACCUCUUUAAACGUGUCUGUCUCUGUUAUUAUAGAUAAUUAGGCAUUUAAAGAGCUUGGAGGGUGGUUUCUUUUUUUAGCACUUUCAAAACUAAAAAUACAAGAGCAGAAAUGUUAGAAAUAGAUUAAACUUUGUGUUGAACUGCUGUAAUGUAAGCUGCUUUCAUUUGCAUGUCUGCCUAAUUAGACUAGCUUAAAACAGUAAUAAACAAGCAUUACUUCCAAAGCUAAGGAACAAAAAAUUUGCUUAAAAAAACUUACGAUCAGCUUCAGUUUUUGUGCUUUUAUUUUUCUGCUUAACACAAAUGUGUGGAUGUAUUUUUAAAAUGAAUUCAUAGUUUUAUAUUUUUUCACAUACAUCCAGGUAAGUGCAUAAUCAUCCAUAGAUUACUACAAUAUGACUUUGCUGCAAUAUAAUCAAGCCAAAGGCAAAGGGGAUUUUUUAAGUUGUACACCAAAGAGUUAUCUCUCUUAAGAUGAAAGCAAAACACCAAAGUGACAUUAUUUAGCCUAUUAACCAGAGAUAUUCACCACUUACUGCAUCCAAAGCUUAAAGGGGCCAUGUGUAGUUUUCAGUUGCCUCCAGGGGUGAGGUUUCAGAUUGCUACUCUUUCUUUUUUUUCCCCCAACUUUGUUUAUUGAAUUUUUAAACAUAUAAACAACAGUUAUAAGAAAGCAAGUAUCAAGUUUCUCAUUAUUAUUAUUACAAAACUCAAAUAAUGUACAAGACUCUUGUAAAUAUAUAUAUAAACAAACAAACAAAAAAGGUAGAACAUUCAUUAAAGGCAAGUCAU